UUAUGCGGUGUAAUAAUGGAACUACCGAACUAUCUCUUAUUCUUGGCUCGAGCUUCCUUCAGUGACCUGCAUCCUAAUAUGGAUCCUCCACAAUCUCCCAAAUUUAAUGUGCCUUUAUGGCAGCCGUGGAUUUCUUCACCAGAGAAAGAGACGCCGUCGACCGCGUCGAGCGGGGAAUCGGAAGGCGAUCGAACGCUGUCUCCCGAAGGACCCCGGUCUCAAACCAAAGAAAUGACGGGGAAAUGGCGACGGGAACGGCGCAUGACACGAUUGCCUGAAUAUAGACCUAGGGAGAAUUGCAAGAUGGCGCUACGCUCGCAGUCGUUCAACGAGAGACGCAGCGUGGCGUCGGUGACGCGCGCACAGCCGCAUAGCGAUGGCGAGCUCUCCGACGAGACCGAGGACACUCCCGCCAACUUGGCUUUAAAUGGAAAACGCACACCACCUGAAUACCCUGGGAACAAACACGAGGCUCCAAUCGACAUGAGGUUGAGGUCCCGGCCCGCUCCGCCGCCUUACAGCAGACCUUCAGUCAUAACCAAGAGCAACGAUGCACUACCUGGUUCAAUGUCUAUGUGCGAUCCAGUAAUCGACGAGCAUUUCCGAAGAUCUCUUGGCGACGAUUACAUGAACUUAUUCAAGAAAAACGCAGAAGACGCUCAACCCGGCCCCAAACCCAACACGAAAGACAGAGCUAGCAGCCCCAUACAGUUUAAAACAGAAGAACCGCAUAAACCACCAAAAAUAAUCGCAAUGGAUGUAGACGACGCCAGUCUGUCAGUAGACGAUCACUUCGCCAAAGCACUAGGUGAUACCUGGAGACAAAUACAAAACCCUCAAGGUUAAAGGAUAAUGAAAAGGACAACCGAGCAAAGGAGGUGUCGACGAUCACUUCAGCAAAGCCCUCGGAGACACGUGGAAGAAAAUUCAAUCCUCCAAACUAAACUUAGAAGCAGAUAAUGACAAACCAAAAGAUCAGACGGCGAAGAUCAUAACAAGGAGCGGCGUCGUAAUAUAAUAACGGCAGAUAAGCCCCUGGGUGGUUCAGUUUACGGUCUUGUAAAAUUUACGAGCCAUUUUCAUGAUGCUAACUGGAGUGUCAAUAAAUUCCCACUUGUUUAACAUAAAGAACGCUAUAAUAUUAUUAAUGGGUACGAAUCGAGUGCCAGUCUUAACGUUUAUUUUCGUAUUUAGAAUCCAUGACAGUUCUGUUACCUUUAAGGUUUUGGGUAAUAUUUUUGAAAUGUUAUUUAAUUUUAUGUUUACUAUAUUAUAUGAAUAGUCAAUUAGUAGUCACCAGUUACACAUUGUAAGUUAUUACCUCAGUACGAGCGCUUUUGCACAAUACACUAGACUAAGUUACAAAUAGAAUAUUAUGUGUAAAUAAAUAUUGUGACGGUGAUAGCGUGUGCGAUGUUUCGGGAGGUGUUCGUAACACUAAUUUUAUUUUAUAUUCUUAUGUUUAAUAUCAAAAUGUUCCUCACGUUAAAUGUAUAUAGGUGUUCAGACAAUGAAUGUGCGAUGUGACAACGCCCUGUACUAUAUUAAAUAUUGUACAAGAGUGUAAACAUAAAACUUAAUACUCUGCAUGGUUGUACAGAAACUUCCUUGUGUAUUAAUUUCACUUUACAAAUAUUAAGCUUUUCGAUAUGUUCAUAAUUAAGUAUUCCUUUUAUGUAGGAAAAAGUAAAGAAAUGUGAAUUUAUCCUUAUUGAAUUCUGAGUUCUGUUUUGAAAAAUGGGUUUUUAAAACGAACCAUUUCUGAUAACUCCCAGGCAGCUGGCUGUCUGUUGUUAUUUGUCAAAGGAUUUGUAACUUGAUUUAUAAAUGUAUGUAAAUAACUGUUUCCUAUUUAUGCACUUUAAAAUAUAAAUGAUGAUGAAAACAAAAAUACACAUAAUCAUAAAA